GUCUGACAACACAUAUCCGAAGUUCCUCGGAAGUCGAGAGGUGAUUAAGAAUACGUGGUAUGGUGAUGUGGUAUGGUGAUGUGGUGGUCGUGUGAAAUUUUCUGUGAUAUCCUAAUUUAUCGGAAUGGAGAAUUUGAUUUGCGAGGAUCAUCGGAGCGGUCUAGGCAACGAUAAUGCUAACUUUACGUGUUUUUAAAGCCAAAGUAAACAAGAAUCAAACAACACCUCCCUGUACUGUAGGUCAACUCGUUCGUUUACCCUUGUGUAAGCAUUGCACAUUGUUUGAUUAUCCAGAAGUAUUUCUUUUACAUGGUCAAUUUUACUCCGAUCAAAAAACGAAAGGCGUGAGAAAUCGCCUUUCAACUUCCGAAGCGAAGACUUACGAGGUGCGUUGAAAGCCUCACAAACCCUACGGAGUCACGUUAGGAGCCGCAACAUUCGGUUCUUGGACCGUUUCCUGUUGUCUGGAAGUUCAGCUGGGUAUGAGGACUCCUGAUCCAGAGCCAUGUCUCUGAAGGUGAUCCAGAGAUUUCCGCUGCUCGGGCAGUUCGGGAUUCUGCGUUACCCUCCUGUUGGACCUGUCUGCCCCAGCAGGCUCUUCAGUGGAAGUCAGCAGUUACAUGUAACCUGCCUGUGUACCUCAGCCGGCGUCUGCAUUCGGAGCCAGGACUGCAGGAAGCUCCAGCCGGACUGCGGGAGAAGAAGCCUGACCACCAUCAUCCGAGAGCCGUGCUUCGUCGCCAGCAGCUCUGUCGGACUUCACAGAGAUUCGGGGCCCCAGCUCCGUCUGACCCAGCUGCACCGACCCACGGCUGCAGAGGAGCAAGUUUUCCAGGAGCGUCUGGGGAGCUGCUCCUCAUCUCGGCAGGUGUUCGCACUGCUGCGCUCAGUGGGGAUCAUAUCCGACACCAUGGCUGCAGCAGCACUUCACCGUGUGGCCGAUCUGGAGCAGGUGGGUAACUCUCUGAGGGAUCAUACAGUGCUGGAGAAGGACACCAUCAGAGCCCUGUGCUUCCAGCUGGAGCAGGACUCUAGGCGGCUGACGGAUGACGGGCUGGUGUCAGCUCUCUUGGCUUGCACACGCCUCUUUUUGGAUCCUUGGAGCACGCUGAUGGUGAGGCUGGUGUCUGAGAGCCAGGAGAGGUUAGACAGAGGACAGAUGAGUGUAGGGCAGCUGUGCACCCUGGGCCAUGCGAUGCUGGCUAUAGAGGGUCCUGGAUGCUUGAUGCUGGAGCAGGUGAUGGAGCAAAUCCAGAAGCAGGAGCCUGCCCAGUGGAGCCUAGCAGAUCUCGUUGCCGUUUAUAGAUUUCUGCAAGCUGGUGUGGUUCGAGAUGGAAAAUACAGGGACAUGCUGAAUGCCAUGCACACCCACGCUGUGACUGCUACCUCCCGCAUGGAUCCUGCAGCCGUCAGCGGGGUGCUCGGUGCUCUGAUGACCCUGAAUCAGACGCAGGCCAUGCCUCUUGUGAUCAGUCUGUGUAAGCAGGCUGUACGGCAUGUAUGUCACUUCACUGAUGAGGAGCUCACCGUUGUGCUGGGGGCCCUUAUACACUUUGGCCACAGUGACCAUUACUUUGUGGAGGCGAUGGAGAGGUAUGUGCCCACUAUGGCCUUCACCUCUCACCCAGAGACGGUUACCAAGGUGAUUCAGUUCUUUGGCCGGAGGAACAUCCUGUCCCCUACCGUAUGUGAUGCUGUUGCGGAGAGCUUCGUGUACCGAGCAGACGACUACAGCACCAGCCAGGUAGCCAGGCAGAUCAUGGCUCUGGGAAAGCUCGGCUACCUUCCCCCCAAUGCCGGUGAAGUGUUCAGGAAAGUAGAGGACAUCCUGCACUCACGCUUCUCACACUUCCAACCUCGAACGAUGCUCAACCUGCUUCACUCCUGCACCCUGGUCGAGAGGUUCCCUGUUAACUUUGUCUCCAAAGUUUUCAGCAGUUACUUCCUUGAGCAACUGCAAGAGCAUGGCACAGGGAUGGACUGGGUCAUUCUGGCACAGCUGACCCAGCUCUACAUGACUUUGAAGUUGGAGUGUCCUUUCUAUGAGGGCCCCAGACUCCUUCCCAAGUAUCGCGUCAAGUCUUUCCUCGUGCCCGGAUGCUCUCUGGAGACGCCGGUGGACAUACAUCUGUACAACUCUGUGAAAUCUGGACUGGUGGACUUUCUCGGGGCUCGUUCGUACUUUGGAUCCAAAGUUCUGACGCCAUACUGCUACACACUCGAUGUGGAGAUAAAACUUGAUGAGGAGGGAUACGUGCUGCCUGCCAGUCAUAAUGAUGAAGUGUACAAAAGGAUAGCUCUUUGUAUUGAUGGACAAAAAAGGUUCACUUCAAACAAAAGACAGCUACUAGGAAAAGAGGCCAUCAAGCAGCGACAUCUGAGGCUUCUGGGAUAUGAAGUUGUUCAGAUUCCUUUCUAUGAAUUUGAAAAACUGCAGAACAAGAGCAGGGUGGUGCAAUAUCUGCACCAGAAAAUCUUCCCUCACACUUACAGGAUGAGCUGGUGAUGAAGAUUAUGCUGUGGAUGUGCCAUCAGGGGUCUCUACUUUUGUUGAUACUUUCUGAAAGAAAUCAAUAUUUAUUUUUUUUAAUUGCAGUUGUCACCAAAUGAUUGUUAUUGACUAUGCACUUUUGCCAGCUUAACAUAACAAUAAAGUGACUUUUGUAUA